CGUAAAUUGAAAGAAAGGAGAUCCUCUCUCCUCUUGCUCGAUUUUCUGAUCUCUUCUGUUUUUCUUUUAUGAAUUGUUUACUUGCUCGUUCCGAUCCAAGUAUUUGUUUUUGUUUGUUUCAUCGUGAAAUCAUCUGGGAAAUUGCGUUUAAAUCCAUGAGCAUGUUUCACACCUGCCUUUUGAAAUUGCUUCUAAUUAAUUGAUUUAUCAUUCACAAUUUUUGUUUUGUUAUUUGUUUGACAGAUCGAUCCAUAAUGGCACCCAAAAAGACACAACUUGAGCUUCAAGCGUCAUCUAAGAAGAGAACCAAGAAUUCAGAUGAAGAUGAUGAGCCUGUCUUGAAUGUCAAUUCAAAGAAACGGCUUGCUCCUCAAAAAACACUAAACAAGCUGAUAAACAAAACGGCACUUGAACCUGAAGCGUCAUCUGUGAUGAAGAAUUUACCCGAAGAUGACCAUGAUCACAAGACCGUCUUGAAUGUCGUCGACUCAAAUAAGCUUAAAACAGAUGAUGGAAACAAAGGAAUUGAAACAAGCAAAACACCACUUAAAUCUGAAGAUGAUGAACCUUGGAAUCCUAGUAAGCCCUUACCUGAAGGCUUUGUACCUUGGCUUGAGCAUGAUCAUGAUAAGUGUAUUGCAGAACAAUUGGGAAUCGACCUUGAUGCUCCGAUACCAGCGGAGUAUGCCGAUUAUUUUUACAAUCAGGCUACUCCUUCCCCAGAAGGAUCAUUCAAUUUACAUUAUUCAGAUUCAGAAUUAGCCAAAAUCGAUCCACUCGAUUUCCCUCGGGAACCUACUCCACCUAUGGAAUUUCGAUUUGCAUCUCGUAACCCUCCAUCAUCUCCUUCUGAUGGAGAUCUUGGGUCUGAUGAUGACUCAGAUGGUCUAGGGGGCCCGAUAACAAGAUCCAAGACAAAGAAAAGGGAAGAAGCAUUGUACGAUAAACUGCUUGAACUCGAGUGCUCUGAUGCAAAAACUGCCAAAUGGCUCAAAAGGAUUAAUGACGAUGAGGCCAGAUGGUCUAGGGAGGCCGAUAACAAGAUCCAAGACAAAGAAAAGGGAAGAAGCAUACAAAAAACAGCUUGAACUCGAGUCCUGCCCUGAUGCAAAAAUUGCCCAACGGCUCAAAAGGAUUGAUGACGAUGAGGCCAGGUGGAAACCAACUAGUUGAUUUUAGCACUUCAUUUGCUCAAGACUUUAUUUCUAAUUUCCAGUCUAGUUAAUUUUGUGAUAACUUAUGCGACGCACCAGACAUAUGUUUAUGUAUUAUUGUAAAAUGUCUAACAUAUAUUGCAGUUAAGUUAGUCUUAAAAAAUGUGUGUAUCAUUGAAGUGAAAUGGAGAUUAGAUCUCUAUUUCCCCCCAAGAAAAUUGUUCUUUUAAUUAAUGUAACUAAUUCUAGAAGUGUUUGCAUUUAUAUCAUUAAUCACUCCAAAACUAUA